UAGUGACGUUGAGAGUGAGGACAUUUACUGUGGAGUCUUUGAUAAAGGGAGUUAACUUUUCGGGCUGACUGUCGAAGUAACACUUUCCCAUAGUAGGAAUAUAUUGUAAUGGUAAUAUCCUUAAUUACGACUACUAGGAAAUUAGGCAGCCAGCAUAAUGGCCGCAAGUCCAUUUACAUUUAUCAAUAGCAGGCACGCAUCGAUUGAAGUUGGCUGGGCUCAUUCACACUAUAGAACUUAGAGGGAGAUAUGGCGCUCAAACUGAGCUACUUACCUGCUUGUGUGUUGAGGACCACUGUGACAUGUUUUAUUCUGGCACUGGCCUUGACAUCGUCGUGGGGUGCGCCUCAUCAGCUGAGGCCUGGCCAGUUUCUUGUAACUUCCUCUCACUGGAUUGACCUGUGGUCAAAAGUGGAUCUAGCUGGAAACCUGCAGAGAUUCAUCGAUCAUGAGGAGAUUCGACUUCGUGUUAUUCGGAAGUUUGAAAACAACUCCAAGUACGAAAAGGAAAUACCAUUGGUAGAGAAAAGAUUAACAGAGUUUCAGAUCAUCCACCAAGACCUGGUCAAGAACGCUUCGGACACAGCAUUCAUCGCAAGUUUAAGAAACUAUCAUCCAAUCACAAUCUUUGCUUCGGUUCGAAAUUUUGUGGCCACUUGGGAAAACAGAUUAAAAAAUCAAACAACUUAUGGGAGAAGACUAAAAGAAUUUCUACAAUACAAAGUUAAGGUUCCUUUACCAACUCGACUAGACUUGGACAAAAUUGGAACUGCCAUUACUGUCAUCCAGGCGGCAUACAACUUGUCAAUGAAUGAUCUACUUCUAGGCAAAGUGUUGGGACAGCAAGGGGAACAGUUGACUAGGGCUGACUGUUACGACAUUGGAAAAACUGUAAUGAAAGCCGGCCUCUUAGAUACUGCCACAGAAUGGCUGGAAACAGCCAUAAAUCUAAUAGAUCUGAACAACGUUAAUACAUCAAGUCUAACCUUUGACCUAGGUUACACUCUUUCGUCAUUGGCUAAAAUAGCUUUCAAGAGAAAUGACCCAGAGAAAUCGGUUCGACUCUUAGAAAAAGCAGUAGAUAUUGAACCAGAUAACCGAGAACUAUACAGUGAGUACAUGAGUUAUAGAUUUGCUCGGAACGUGAAGCCAAUUCCGGAACUUAACCGGGACAAAGUAGAACCCUGGAGGAAAACGUUCUUUGACACCUGUCAGAACACUGUGAAUGCUACCUGGCUAGAAGAACAAAGAAAAACAUUGAAAUCUAAUGUCAGAUGUCGUCUGAAACAAUCUGCCAGUGCACCAAUCUUGUUCUACAAGGAGGAAAUCAUGAGUACUGUCCCUUAUAUCUCUGUCAUCCACGACUUCCUUUCAGACGAUGAGAUCAAACUAUUGAAAAACAAAACAUUAGACCAGUUAGAGGAGAAGCUGCUACCUGGAGAAGACCCAAACACUCUGUGGCAAUAUAAAGGGUCAUAUUUCAGAGACGACUAUAGUGAGGUGAUUGAACGAGUGUCCAAAAGAGCUGCUGAUGUCUCUCAUAUGGACGCCCUCCAGAGAAGCACCUCCUACUCUUUGGGCGAGCCUUUACAGAUUGUUGACUUUGGCAUUUCCGGCCUCGCCCUGCCCCACGCUGAGACCCGCAGGCAAUAUGAAGUCAAGUACAUGGGGAUUCUCUACGGAGCUCGAGUCGCUACUCUGCAAGCUUUUUUGAGUGACACCAUCCUGGGUGGAGCAACAAUGUUUGUACAACAGAAUGUCACCAUAGUACCAAGAAAGGGAACAGCUGUUUUAUGGUACAACUUCCAGCCCAAUGGAGAUUCCGAACCAAACCUCCAACCUUCAAUAUGUCCCUUGCUUGUUGGUGACAAUAUUGUUCUCAAGAAAGGAUUUUGGCGGCUGGGACUAGACUCCAGGUCAAGGUGUGGACGCAAAAAGAACUCUUCCAACUUGUCAAUCCUGCCAUGAAAAAGAAAUACACUUUUUCUACACUUUUAAGGUUUCUAAGAAAAGUACUUAAAAGAAUAUGAUCAAUUUGGUCAUGAACUAGAUCUUGCUAUAUAGUGUGCAUGCAAGCAUAGAAGCUGAAGAAAGCUGGGCUCUGUGAGAAACUGAUUUGGAAAAUAUGAGACAAGUUGUCAUGAGAUGGCGUGUACGUUUUCUUUCUACAUGCAUAGUUUCGUUUCAUUUUUUCAGGGUUUUAUUUUGACACUUGUUAUGUUGUUUUGUUUUCUAAAUUCUUCCUUGUUUAUCCUCCUUGGUGUCUUGUAUGUUGUAUUGCAAGAUAUUUAUUGCUCCUUGACUAGUGUGUUUGUUUAGAUAUAAAUAUUCUAAUUAUAAUAAAUUAAUUAUUUUUCACGUAAA